AUGCGCUUCACUUCAUUCACCGCGCUGGCUGCAAUCGCCGCGUUGUGCAUUUUGCCUCAUCUAGCGGCGGCGCUGGACCAAAUCUCUAGGUGAGUCUGUGGCUAUGCAAUUCAAGUGUCAGGUCGCAAGUCAGCGAUGCUCAAGCUUGCACCGUCGCGUGUCGCAAGGCGUGGCAAGUACCUCGUCAAUCCCGCAGGCCAGCGUUUCUCGAUCAAAGGCGUUGCCUACCAGGAAUCGGUGGCGACCGAAGUCGCUGAGGGCACGACUUACCCCGAGCCUACAAGCUUCGUCGACCCUCUCGCACUAUCAGAUGCGUGUCGAAGGGAUGUUCCGAAUCUCCGCAAUCUCGGGGUCAAUGUCGCAAGAGUGUUCAGCGUCAAUGCCUCGCUCAAUCACGACGACUGUAUGCGCGAAUUCAGUCAAGCAAACAUCUAUGUCAUCCUGGACAUGGCUCUGCCCGGAAACGCAUCCAUCAAUCGAGCUGAUCCAGUGAGUUCAGCUGGCGAUUGAGAUUGAGUCACAAAGUGGACGGCAGGCGGAUGGAGGCAAGCUAAACAUGCCAUCUUGUCUUCAGGUAUGGGACACUUCGUUGCUCCAGCAAUUCACGUCUGUGGUAGACGCCUUCGCCAAGUACGACAAUGUUCUCGCCUACAACGUGGCAAACGAAGUAGUAACAGCCAACAACAACACGGAUGCGCUGCCAUUCGUACGAGCCGCUGUUCGAGACGUCAAAGCUUACUUGCGCGGUCGCAACCUCAACACCCUCGUGACAUACACUUCGGCAGACGGACCCGAUGGCGCGCAGGGUCGUCGUCUACUGCAAGCUCGCUACCUGACCUGUGGCGAUGAGGCAGAUACCGUCGAUUUGUACGGCCUGAACAGCUAUGCUUGGUGCGGCGAUAGCAAUUAUCAAGCUUCGGGCUACGCCACGCUGGCCCAGGACUUCGGGUCUCUCCCAGUGCCAGCAUACCUGUCGGAGUUUGGCUGCGCGCAGGGAGGUUCUGCGAACAGGCCUUGGACUGAGGUCGCCGCCAUCUACUCGCCGCCUUUCAGUGACGUCUUCUCUGGAGGUGUGAGUAGGUCGCAGUUGCAGGCAAAUCUAAGCCUUUGUGGGGAGUCAUGAUCAAAGGAAGCGCACGCUAACGAACUCGAUUCCGCACCACAGGCCGCAUUCCAAUACUUCCCGCUCAAUGCCAGUGCUGGCGGACUUGACUACGGUCUGACGGACAUCAACAAUGGACAAGUCACCCUUCGAGCCGACUGGGACAGGCUUCGCGCGCAAUUUGCCAAUGCGACCACGCCAGGCAUCCCCUCACCCUUGCCAGCGACCUCCUCUGACUGUCCUGCUCAGUCCGAGGUGCUACUUGCCAGCUCGCAACUCCCUCCCACGCCCAAUGCUGCACUGUGUGCAUGCAUGCAAGCCAAUGUCUGGGAGUGCCAACCUCGGCCGGCGACGGUCAACGACUUGCCGCUUCUGGGCGAGACUGUCGGAGCUGCGUGCUCCCUGCUCGAUCAAAACGAUGCGCCAGUAUCUUGCUCGGCCGCUCUGGAUGGUAACGGCGCGACAGGCACCUAUGGCAAUUGGAGCCAAUGCAAUGCCCAGCAGCGCUUGAGCUGGGCAAUGUCCGAGUACUAUGGUCUGUUCCGCAACAGCUCCGACUCGUGCAGCUUCUCCAACAAUGCGGCUCUGGUGCCGAGCAUUUCUGCUUCUGCUGUACAAGACGGAUCCGCACAGGCUCAGUGCAUCUCAUCUAACGGAGGAGCCGUUGCGCGCGUUUUUGAUCCUCCUCCCACUGGAUCCAGCAGUGGAGGAGGAGCUGGCGGCGGUGGAUCCGGCGGCUCCAGUAGCGGAUCAGGUAACGACAACUCUGGUGCGAUCAUGCAUCUGCACCCAGUCUAUAUCCUUGCCUCGGCCUGUGCGGCUCUUGCGCUCGCCUCUGCCAUUUAG